GUUGUUUACUGCGGAUGCUGCCUGUCAGGGAUACAGCAGGAAGGAGAAACUAACGCAGGAACAAAGGUCUGAAGCAUCCACAGCUGCUCUGCAGUUCCUGCUGGUACAUCCCUGAGAACGGCAGCGCCAUGGUCAACAGCGAAGGAUCCACGAAGACGAACGGGAGCGCUGGUCACUCUUCCAAUCAGCAGGAGCCUCUCAACGAGGCCAUGGAGCUCAAGAAGGAGAUCUCCCUGCUCAARGGGGUCAGCCUGAUUGUAGGGAACAUGAUUGGCUCUGGUAUCUUUGUCUCACCCAAGGGCGUGCUCCUCUACAGUGCCUCUUAUGGGCUGUCGUUAGUCAUCUGGGCCAUUGGGGGUUUGUUUUCAGUGGUGGGGGCCCUUUGCUACGCUGAGCUGGGAACCACAAUCACCAAAUCAGGGGCUUCAUACGCGUACAUCUUGGAGUCGUUUGGCGGCUUCAUUGCGUUCAUCCGUUUAUGGACCUCCUUGUUGAURGUUGAGCCCACCUGUCAGGCGGUUAUAGCCCUUACGUUUGCAAACUACCUGGUGCAGCCGCUCUUUCCAACAUGUGAACCACCAUACGCAGCGUCCAGGCUCAUCGCUGCGGCYUGCAUAUGUUUACUGACGUUUAUCAACUGUGCCUACGUGAAGUGGGGCACGCUUGUGCAGGACAUUUUCACCUACGCGAAGGUGGCAGCCCUCAUCGUCGUCAUAGUCACGGGCAUUGUCAAGCUUUUUCAGGGUCAUACAGAAAAUUUUAAGUCYUCCUUUCAGGGUUCGUCCUCAGAUCCUGGUGACAUWGCUUUGGCGCUGUAUUCUGCGCUCUUCUCUUACUCUGGUUGGGACACCCUGAACUUUGUAACAGAAGAAAUCAAAAACCCAGAGAGGAACCUGCCUCUGGCCAUUGCCAUCUCCAUGCCGAUUGUCACAAUCAUUUACAUCCUCACCAACGUGGCCUACUAUGCCGUUCUGGAUGUCCAUGCCAUACUGGACAGUGAUGCCGUGGCAGUGACCUUUGCAGAUCAAACUCUGGGUGUCAUGAGCUGGACAAUCCCGAUUGCUGUAGCUCUGUCCUGUUAUGGAGGCCUGAACGCUUCCAUUAUAGCUGCGUCCAGGUUGUUCUUUGUUGGAUCCCGGGAGGGUCACCUUCCUGAUGCUCUGUCUAUGAUCCAUGUGAAGAGAUUCACUCCAGUUCCUGCUCUGAUCUUCAAUUGCAUCAUGUCACUGAUCUACCUGACAGUUGAGGACGUUUUCCAACUCAUCAACUACUACAGCUUCAGCUACUGGUUCUUCAUGGGUCUGUCUGUCGCCGGGCAGAUCUACCUUCGCUGGAAGCAGCCCGACAGACCCAGACCUCUCAAGCUGACCUUAUUGUUCCCGGUGGUGUUCUGCCUGUGUGCCGUUUUCCUCGUGGCGGUUCCUCURUACAGCGACACGCUCAACUCUCUGAUCGGCAUCGGCAUCGCUCUGUCAGGGGUUCCUGUCUACUUCCUGGGUGUCUAUUUACCAGAGUCCAAGAGGCCGCCUAUCAUCGUCAAGCUGCUGCGCUCCCUGACUUUCUUCACCCAGCACACCUGCUUCUGUGUUCUGACAGAGACGGACAAAAGCCAGUAGCUUCUUCUUCCGUUUCAGGACUUCAAUCAGGAGCAUCAUAGCAAAGACACUCUGCAGUGAAACGGACAAAAUGAGGCUCCCGUUUUACCACAAUGAAGCUAUUGGACUCCACUCAACACUUAAAAAUGCUGCCACAGGUUCACACUAAAUUAUUAUGGGAAUUAAAAGAAGUUAUUCUGCAAAUACACUCACUGCCAAAACAAGUUAGGCACCCAGGGAGAAAGAGCUGUUUUAAAGAUCUGUUCCCAGUCCCACACCGCGGCAGAAACUUGCAGCGCUGCGAGUCACUCGUUCCUUCACUUCAACUAUUUAAUAAAUAUUUUUCUAAGUUCUACAAAAGUCAUCAGUUCCUCCGUGUUUACAAAAUUAUUAAAGACGUGUAAAAGUGGAAAUGUCUCAGCCUCAUGCGCCGCUGAAACUAACAGCACACGCGCGCACGCACCAACACCCACACACCGUUGAGUGUGGCAAACUCAUUUUUACAUCCCACUYCUUAUUUAGACAGU